UGAGCACCUCCAGCCAUUUGUCGCCCCCCUGGUCGCCAGACUGGUUUUAGCAACACAGGGAGUGUUGUGGUCCUCUCCUGGGCUGUUUUUGUAGUAAAAGCAUACAGUAAAUGCAUUAUUAGCGAGCUCAAGAAGUUGCACGCGAAGGGGAUCGCGGUGAAGUAAGAGCUUGGUUGUUAAUCUGUGGAGGAAACCAUUUUAUGAUCUCCAAUGUAUCCGAGCCAUCAGCACACGCUAGCGUAAGAUAGCUGGUUAAACCACACCACCUGCGCCGUGAAUGGCUCCACUGUGAAGCUUCUGCUGGACGAGAAGGUGACCGGCCAUUGUGGACAGCAUGGAUACAGCAGAAGAAGCGGAUAUCUGUCGUGUGUGUCGCUCUGAGGGGACACCAGACAAACCCCUGUACCACCCCUGUGUCUGCACUGGCAGUAUCAAGUUUAUCCACCAGGAAUGUUUGGUCCAGUGGUUGAAGCACAGCCGGAAGGAGUACUGUGAACUGUGCAAGCACAGAUUCGCUUUCACACCAAUCUACUCCCCGGAUAUGCCGUCACGCCUGCCCAUCCAGGACAUCUGUGCUGGCCUGCUGACCAGUGUGGGCACAGCCAUCCGCUACUGGUUCCAUUACACAUUGGUUGCCUUUGCGUGGCUUGGCGUGGUUCCUCUUACUGCAUGUCGCAUCUACAAAUGUCUUUUUACCGGCUCUGUGAGCUCUCUUUUGACACUGCCUUUGGACAUGCUGUCUACAGAGAACCUUCUUGCAGACUGUCUUCAGGGUUGCUUCGUUGUCACAUGCACUCUGUGUGCGUUUAUCAGUCUAGUUUGGCUCAGAGAGCAGAUAGUUCAUGGCGGCGCCCCUCAGUGGUUGGAGCAGCAUCAGGCGCCACCCCCUAACGCAGCCAGACAAGCCCCAGAGCCUCAGGCUGCAGGUCAGGGGGCGGCUGAUGAGCCUCCUGCUGCCCAGCCAGCACCUGCUGAUCCUCCAGCCCAGAACGAGGCAGAGCCUGAGCCCCCUGACGUCCCCCCAGACCAGGCUGACGACCCAGAGUUAGAGGAAGAAGGAGCAGCUGCUGAAGACGCAGACCCCAACAAUGGAGCCCAAGAUGACAUGAACUGGAAUGCUUUGGAGUGGGACAGAGCAGCCGAGGAACUCACCUGGGAAAGGAUGCUUGGCCUGGAUGGCUCACUGGUAUUUUUGGAGCAUGUGUUCUGGGUAGUGUCACUUAACACGCUCUUCAUCCUGGUCUUUGCAUUUUGUCCCUACCACAUUGGGCACUUCUCCGUUGUUGGCCUUGGCUUUGAGGAAUAUGUCCAAGCUUCCCACUUUGAGGGCUUAAUCACAACAAUCGUGGGCUACAUACUUCUGGCAAUGACUCUCAUCUUGUGUCAUGGACUGGCUGCUCUGGUCCGGUUCCAGCGUUCCCGCCGUCUCCUUGGAGUCUGCUACAUUGUUGUCAAGGUCUCUCUGCUGGUUGUUGUGGAGAUUGGUGUUUUUCCACUGAUCUGCGGUUGGUGGCUUGACAUCUGCUCUCUGGAAAUGUUUGACGCCUCGUUGAAAGACAGAGAAAUGAGUUUCAAAUCGGCACCUGGUACUACCAUGUUUCUGCACUGGCUUGUGGGAAUGGUGUAUGUCUUCUACUUCGCAUCUUUUAUUCUCUUGCUAAGAGAGGUGCUGAGGCCUGGAGUGCUGUGGUUUCUGAGAAACCUCAAUGACCCUGACUUUAACCCAGUGCAGGAGAUGAUUCAUUUGCCAAUCUACAGACACCUGCGGCGGUUCAUCCUGUCUGUGGUUGUUUUUGGCUCCAUCGUGUUGCUCAUGCUGUGGCUGCCCAUCAGGCUGAUCAAAGUUCUGCUGCCCACCUUCCUCCCAUACAACGUGAUGCUUUACAGUGAUGCACCAGUCAGCGAGUUGUCUUUGGAGCUCUUAUUACUUCAGGUUGUGCUUCCUGCUUUACUGGAGCAAGGACACACUCGGCAGUGGCUCAAAGGCCUCGUCAGAGCCUGGACAGUCAGCGCUGGUUAUUUAUUAGACCUCCACUCCUACCUCCUUGGUGAGCAGGAGGACAAUGAUGCCAACCAGCCCGUGAACAACAACAAUAACAACAAUCCUCCCCAUGGUGGUCAUAACAACAAUAACAACCCUGCCCCUGCUGUUGGGGAGGGGCUGCAUGCAGCCCAUCAGGCCAUCCUUCAGCAAGGGGGGCCAGUGGGUUUUCAGCCCUAUCACCGACCCCUCCGGUUUCCAUUUAGGAUCGUGUUGCUGAUAGUAUUCAUGUGCAUCACUCUGCUAGUGGCCAGUCUGGUGUGCUUAACCUUACCAGUAUUCACAGGUCGCUGGCUGAUGUCCUUCUGGACAGGAAGUUCCAAAAUCCAUGAGCUGUACACAGCAGCUUGUGGUCUGUACGUUUGCUGGCUUUCUAUACGGGGGUUCACAGUUCUGCUGGCCUGGAUGCCGCAGGGACGCACCGUAAUCAUGCGCAAAGUUCAGGAAUGGACACUCAUGAUCCUGAAGACACUUGUUGUGGCUGUGCUGGUUGCUGGAGUCAUUCCGCUGCUGCUGGGCUUGCUGUUUGAGUUGGUCAUUGUUGCCCCACUCAGAGUACCGCUGGACCAAACGCCACUGUUUUACCCCUGGCAGGACUGGGCUCUCGGAGUGCUCCAUGCCAAAAUCAUUGCUGCCAUCACCCUCAUGGGCCCCCAGUGGUGGCUGAAGACUGUUAUUGAGCAGGUUUACGCAAAUGGAAUCCGCAACAUUGAUCUCCAGUUCAUCAUCCGAAAACUGGCAGCUCCGGUCAUCUCAGUUCUGCUGUUGUCCCUGUGUGUGCCGUAUGUGAUUGCUGCUGGGGUGGUGCCCACCGUAGGAGUAACCCCAGAGAUGGAGAUUUUAAUGCAGAGAAGGAUCUACCCGUUCCUGUUGAUGGUGGUGUCGCUCAUCGGCAUUCUUUCCUUCCAGAUCAGACAGUUUAAACGCCUUUAUGAACACAUCAAAAAUGACAAGUACUUGGUUGGCCAGAGGCUCGUCAACUACGAGCGUAAAUCUGGCAGAACAAGUUCAGUCCCACCCCCCAACCCUGUUGCAGAGUAAAGUGGUUCGUCACACGUUGCCAGUUUUACACCCGUGUACCCUCCCCCACAUCCUUUACCCAAUCCAUUGAUUUUUUCGACUCGGCCCUCACAGUUGAUAUUUGAAUUUCCUCCAGAUCUUAUUGGAUUUUCAUGGAUGAUGUUCAAUUGUUUUGUUGUUUUUUUUUUUUUUUUCAUACUCAUGAAAGAUGAGAUGGGAAAAUGUAUUAUAGUCCUAAUCGUGGGACCGCUGAGUAAUAUCUCAAACUGUUAAGGCAAGAAAGUUAAAGGUUUGAUUUGAAGCCCAACAUCUGUAUCAUCAUUCAUGCCUUGCUUUGUAAAGCGCUGCCUGAUAAUUGUACAUGUGUAAAUACUUCGGAUGCAGACUUUGUCUUAUGAAAAAUGACACUUGUGGAAUAAUGCAAUGACCAUUGUACAUCUUAAAAGUGUAUGUAUAAUUUAUUAAAAUCAACAUUGCUGUUUA